CCAGGGUCCCCCCUCCUUCCCCAUCCACACAUCGGGGCUCCCCGGUCCCCACCUGCCUUUGAGGACGGGGGUAAAGAAGGGGCUGGCAUUUACGCUGGUCAUGCCAGGAGGAGGCAGGUGCCCUGUUCAGUCUUCUGCCCGCUGGGAUGUCUCUAGUGCCCACCAAGGCUGAGCCCCCUGAUGGCAGCCUCCGCCUCCGUCUCCUCCUCCUCCUCCUCCUCCUCCCGGGCGACUGCUGCUUCUCUCCCCCUCCUCCCUCCUUAUAGCGCUGCCUUUGUGUGCAGGGGUGUGGGAGGAGAGGCAAAGAACUCGAACAGCGCUGCCUAGUGCUGGUAACCCAGGGCUGGGGCUUCUCCUCCUCCUCCUCCUCCUCCUCCUCCUCCCGGGGACGCUGGGAACCCGCUCCCCCUCCCCCUGCAUCGUCGCCGCCGUGCCCCCCUCCGCCCGCCUCCGCCGGCGCACGCUUGUUCGCUAGCCUGCUCGCCAGCCUGCCUCCCCAGGCACAUGCCCGUGCAGCCGCCCGUCGCCGGGCUUCCAGAGCAGGCUCUGCCGCCGGCCCCGCUCCCAGUCCCCGUCCCCCCACCCCGGGCCGGGAGAGGCGGCCCCGGCAUGCGGAGGACAGGAUGAUCGCCUCUGCCGCCACCAGGAAGGGGCCGGAGGGCAGAUACCCGCUGCACUACCUGGUAUGGCACAACCGCUCCCGGGAGCUGGAGAAAGAGGUCCGCGGCGGCCAGGUGGAUAUUGAGCAGCUGGACCCACGAGGCCGGACUCCCCUGCAUCUGGCCACCACGUUGGGGCAUUUGGAGUGUGCCCGGGUGCUCCUGGCACAUGGUGCGGACGUGGGCAGAGAGAACCGGAGUGGCUGGACAGUGCUCCAGGAAGCCGUGAGCACCCGGGACCUAGAAUUGGUACAGCUUGUGUUACGGUAUCGGGACUACCAGAGGGCUGUGAAGAGGCUGGCAGGCGUCCCUGUGCUCUUGGAGAAACUCCGAAAGGCCCAGGAUUUCUACGUGGAAAUGAAAUGGGAAUUCACCAGCUGGGUGCCCCUGGUGUCUAAGAUCUGUCCCAGUGACACCUACAAGGUCUGGAAGAGCGGCCAGAACCUUCGAGUGGACACCACGCUUCUCGGUUUUGACCACAUGACGUGGCAGCGGGGAAACCGGAGCUUCGUCUUCAGGGGCCAAGACACCAGCGCAGUGGUGAUGGAGAUCGACCACGACCGGAGAGUGGUCUACACAGAGACCCUGGCCUUGGCCGCCCAUGACCGGGACGUCCUGCUGGCUGCUGUCCAGCCGACGGAGGAGCAGGUGCUCAGCCGCCUCACUGCACCUGUGGUCACCACUCAGCUGGACACCAAGAACAUCUCCUUUGAGAGGAAUAAGACGGGCAUCUUGGGCUGGCGCAGCGAGAAGACUGAAAUGGUGAACGGCUAUGAGGCUAAGGUGUAUGGUGCCUCCAACGUGGAGCUCAUCACCCGAACACGGACGGAGCAUUUAUCAGAACAGCACAAAGGCAAGAUCAAAGGGAGCAAGACCCCACUGCAGUCCUUCCUGGGCAUUGCCGAGCAGCAUGGGGGGCCCAAUAAUGGGACCCUGAUCACUCAGACUCUGAGCCAUACCAACCCCACCGCCAUCACUGCAGAGGAAUAUUUUAACCCCAGUUUCGAGCUUGGUAACCGGGACAUGGGGAGGCCCAUGGAGCUUACCACCAAGACCCAGAAGUUCAAAGCCAAGCUGUGGCUAUGUGAGGAGCACCCACUAUCUCUGUGUGAGCAGGUGGCCCCCAUCAUCGACCUCAUGGCCAUCAGCAAUGCCCUCUUUGCCAAGCUCCGAGACUUCAUCACCUUGCGCCUGCCUCCUGGUUUUCCCGUCAAGAUUGAGAUCCCCAUCUUCCACAUCCUUAAUGCCCGAAUCACCUUCGGGAACCUCAACGGCUGUGAUGAGCCAGUGACCUCUGUCCGAGGCAGCCCCAGCAGUGAAGCCCCGUCCCCCAGCAGCGACAACUCCAGCAUCAGCAGCUCCAGUUCCAUGACAUCCUGCCGAGGCUGUGAGAUCGCCCCUUCCCUGUUUGAGGCACCGCGGGGGUACAGUGUCCUGGGCAGCCAGAGGGAGCCUGGCCGUGAGGAAGAGGAUGACUUGUUGCAGUUUGCAAUCCAGCAGAGCCUGUUAGAGGCAGGCAGUGAAUAUGACCAGGUCACCAUCUGGGAAGCGCUGACCAAUAGCAAGCCUGGCACCCACCCCAUGUCCCAGGAAGGCCGAAGGCCAGACAGGCCCCCCCAGCACACGCCCCAGAGGCAGCCCGGCCCCCCGGCCCCCCCAGCCUCCGCCCCCAGCCCUGGCGGCCCGGGCCACGUGUUCCCUAGCUACGAUGAGCAGCUUCGUCUGGCCAUGGAGCUGUCCGCCCAGGAGCAAGAGGAAGCCGAACGCAGGGAGCGCCAAGAAGAGGAAGAAUUCAAACGAAUCCUUCAGUUGUCACUGACGGAGCAGUAGCCCCGGCCCCCCCUCUCCCCUCUCCGCCGCCUCCGGCCUCCCGGGGACCGCUCCACAGGGUGCUAAGGCUGGGGACACCCGGAACAGAGCCCAGGACAAGCCCGCCCCCAGCACCGGGAGGGCAGGGCCCGGACGUGACUGAAGGGGAGGGGAAGGACGUUCCCCCUACCUCAACUCCCGCCCCCACCCCCCAUACUCAGCUUGAGCCACCGGGCAUGAGCACUGGGGACACGAGGUGGGGACCGCAGCCCGGAGCGCGUGAGCGGAGUUCAGACGUGGUGGUGCGGGGCGGAGAGGGGCUGGGGGUGAUACCAAGUGCAGAGGGCGGAAACAGAAGGGCUUCUGGGGCCUCUUCCGCCCUGGGGCACGGGUGGCUCCGCUCCCCUCCCCCACCAGACCUCGAGCAUCUUUUCCCCAUCCCUUCCCUUGGGGCGGGGGGGAGCCUUUCGUCCUCCCGCGUUCCCCCCGGAUUCAAGUCCCCUGCCCGGAGCAGCGCUGGUGUCCCGGCUGACGCACAGUCCUCGAGAGGUGGCGGGAUGGGCGAGAGGAGGAAGCCUGAGCCCUGGCCCCUUUGCCCCAAUACUCAUCCCUUGCCUGCUUUCUCUGCCCUGGGGAAACGUUCUUAGGCCCCGCCCCCCACAUCUGGCCCGACCCCCUGGGGGAGGGGAGCUACGCCCCGCCCCGUGUGCUCCGCCCCAACACAAACCAGCACCUCGGAGGGGCCCGGCCCCCCUCGACCCCUCCCUGAGUCAAGUGCACUUAGCUGGGCCUGGGCGCCUUGGGCGCUGCUGCCAGCUCCCCCUUCCCCACCCCUCCUGGUUCUCAGGGUGGCCCUGACCUCUCCCAGGUGGCGGGCACAAUGCUGGAACCCGUGGCCCUGGGCGGCAAGAGCAGGGAGGAAGGCAGAGUGUCACCCCCAGCCUCCGCGGUGCCCCCUCCUCGAUGCCAGGCUGCCUUCUGGCACCUCCGAGGAUGGGGGAGGGGGCCUAUCGGGAAGAGGGAGCCCAGAAGGAGCCCAGGUCCGGAGACCGGGUGGCGGAGGUGUGGUGUGUAAGGGGGUCACACCCAGCUCUCCCGACGCCCCCUGGCACCCAUACCCCUCGCCGCUCCCACUCCCAUCAGCUGCUGCUAUCCCUCCCCACCCCUGCUGAGGGUGCAACCACAGAAACCUUCCACCCAAUGGUGCUAACUCCUCCCUGCUCUCCCCACCCCAAGAAGCACAGACCCCCGGGCAAGGGUCCCGAUGCACACACCGCCCUCCCCCGCCAUCCCCCAAGGACUGGCUCACACUGUGAGAAGGGCCCGGCCAGCCAGACAACUCCGAACACACGCGCACACACACACAGGUCAAAAAAGCAACAAGACUGACCCCUCCCGUCCCUCCCACUUCCCCUGCCAGCCCUCCCCUCCCCCGGGCCAGGGACACUCCAGCAGAAGAGACACAAUAAAGAAAACCAACGAAAAAGGCUUUAAAA